AUGAUUCAGAAGAAGAAGCCAAAGAAGAAUAGUGAUUAUGGCAUAAUUCUUCCUAUUGGAGUUCCUUUUCAUAUCUAUGGAGUUUUGAUUAACCAAAAACAUAAUUGUAAGUUUGAUAUUGGUUCUCAUAUGAGUCAGUUGAACCUUUGGCGUAAGAUGCAUGUUCCCAAUAUUGUUCUCUAUAACAUUCCCCACAUUUAUAAGUCUGAUCUAGCUGCUGGUGGAAAUGUGAUUGAUGUCUCAUUCUUUUAUGGGCCUAUAAGAAAGCAUCACCUCUUUAAAAAGGACUUUGGUGAGGAGACCCAUGAAACCAAUAUGGGAAAUCAGGAUGAUGAUAAAGAUGUUCUAGACAUCCUGUAUGACAUGUUAACAAAGUCUCAAAUGCAUAAGGAGAAUGGUGAUCAUGUCCAUGAAGAUGUUAAGGUUGAUACUGUUAUAGCCAAUGAUGGUGUUGUUAAUAACUAUGAUCAUGCAAUAGAUGAUGUGGAGACGACAUGUGAAGAUGUAAUAAGUAAGGAUGAAAGCUUACUUCUGGUUUGUGAUGCUAAUAGAAAGGUAUAUAGAUUUUAUCUCAAAGGAACACAAUCUAUAGAUGAUAUGACUCCCAUAAGAUGA